UGACCGUGGCGAAAGGAGCGCAACCUAGGUGAGGACCCACCCACCCCUACGUCCAGUCGUCCAGCGGAGUGCUUCUACUGCUCAAUGCUUGCAAGCUGGAAAUAACUCACCAACCCUCCCUCUAUGCCUUUGUGGCCCCAUCCCCUGCUGUGACCAUGGAGACUCUCAGCAGCUGUCGGACUACCUUCCUCUCUGAUCUGGUGCCCAGUGGUUACCUGGUUCAGGUCUUCCCAGGCCACCCUGAGGUAGAAGGCCUGGCCAGGGAGGUAGGUCUGGAGAAGUCUGAGCAGUGUGAUCAAGGUGAUUUGAGCUCCAGGGAAGAGAAUGGUCAGAACAAGAAGAAAAUAAAAGUCAACAAGAUCUGGAAUUUUAUGAGUCGUAGAAAAGGGGCCUCCAGUCAAGAGAAGAGACCCCAGUCCAUGAUUUUACUGGGAGACACUUCCAGACCAUCAGAGUUGAAGCCCAAAGUCACAUUAAAGGAUCGAAUGAAGUCAUUCAAGAGGCUGAAGCCUUCAACUGGGGCCUCCAAGAAUACUACUCCUAGGAGCAGCAAGGUCCAGGAACCCCAGGAGGUGUCACAUAUUUACCAGAUGAGAAAGGCCCAGGAGGCCUCAAAGCCUUUUCGUUAUUCCUACUCAGGACACACUGAGGGCCUGGAGCCCUUCCUUGCAGAUGUGCAAAGACUGAUGCCCAAGAACCAGAAAGUGUUGGCCUUUGAUGAUUUUGGCAUCCAUGUGGAGGAGGAUCACUGGGAAAAAGAGUCCUCUGAGCAGCCUGCUAGGGGCAGGUGGGCCAGGAGCUACCUGAAACACACAUUCCCUGGAGACUGUGAAACCCCACAUAGAUCAGCUGGAGACUCCAGAAUCCAGGAUCCUGAGUCUGCCAUUAAGGCCUCCACCUUAGAAGGGAAUGUGGAAAGGGGCUACGAGGAGAGCCUUAGGCACCUGCGUAGAGACAAGGCUGUGCCUUUUGGUAGUGUUGUCAAGUUCUUCAGCAGUGUGGCUGAGGUGGCCCGCAAGUGGCGUGCAUUAUCCCGGGAAGAGCUGCAGAUGAGCCACCAGCGUGGCAAGACCUACUUCAUCAGUGGUGGCAGUGAAGCCCUCAUCAUAGAGGGUGCUGCCUCCCAGGCCUCCUUCCCACUCAGCCAGAGCCCUGAGGUUAUGGUAUGGGGCAGUGUCAUUGAGAGGUGCCAGCACUGUCACCAAAAGGCCUCAAAAGCCUCAUGCACAUUUGAAAUGAGCAUUGAGGGCAAGAAGACUUUGGGCCAGGCCCUUGAAGACCCCUGCACUGCUGCUGCCUUAGUCUCAACCUCCAACUCACCUGUCUUUGAGCUCCAGGAUGACCCAACUCCACAGACUGGGUGCAGUUGCCAUUAUGGCCAUGCCUUCACCAAGGAGAACUCCUCAGAGGAACUCGAUGAAGACAUUGAGACUGUGAUCAACGUCCUUAAGGAAGAUGACAGUGCUGGACAGUCCCCUGAGCUGGGCACCUGUGCCAAGUUAAACACAAAAGCUGUCAUGGAGAAACUAGAAGAGAAACCCAAUGAGAUGGAGAAACCAGAGGCCUGCAAGGGGCCCGGGGCAUCUAUCCAGGCAGAACAGCCCCAGGAUUCUGACUUGGAUAUGAGAACAGCAAGUGCAGAGAGGAAAGCCAGCAAGUCCAGUACUGGAGUCCUGGGUACUCAGACUUUCUUUCCCCCAGCUGAACCAUCACCAAGGACGGCACCACUCAAAAUCCUUCUGGAAAAAUGCCAUUCUCUGUCUAUCUCACAGAACAUCCCCAUGGAGCUGGAUAAAGUGGGUUGGAGGAGAUCCAAGAAGCUUUGCACAGAUAACUUGGACCAGGGCUCCAAGACACUAGAAACCUGCAAGAACAUUGGUGGAUACUUGAAACCUCAGGGACCAGGAACUGAGCAUAUUAAUGAGACAAAUUGCAAAUAUUAG